UAACAGCAGUUGAUCAUAUGGUGUUAAGCAUUUUCUUAAAGUGCAGAUUAAAUGUCACUGUUAUAUUCAAUAACAUGAGCUAGCACAAAGGUUCAUGGCAGCUUGAUGAAGGGAGCAGCAAUGAAUUAAAACGGCAGCCAAUCACAUGGGUUGGGCUGAGUUGUACUCUCACGGGGGUGUGUAGACCUCAAAGUUUGUAAGGCAACAACUUGUGGAUUUGUUCUGCUCGUGUUUAUCACCUUAUAUUGGGAGAACUAGUAAAAAAGAUGUGUGGAAAGUGUAACUUAAUUGGGACAGCAAUACAUUAAUUUCCAAUUAAUUUGUUUCCUAAAUCAAUAUUUAUUUGGAAAAUAAGAUAUCAGAAAAUACUGAUACAUGCCCAUCACAAUAUGCCAGCACCUAAGAUGACGUCUUUAUAUCAAUUGUUUUGUCCGACUAAAUGUACAAAAGAAAAGAUACUAAAUUUACAAUCAUAAAAGAAGCAUCAAAUCCUUCCAUCUGACAGGCUGAACCCAGAGGAUCUUUGGCAUUUUUGCUUGAUAGAUUUUCUACUGGUUGACUGAUUGAUUAAUUGACGAAUGUUUCACCUCCAAAACUCAAUAUUUAUGGAAUCUAAAGUUGAUGCUUAACAUACGUCAAAUAAAACUCUAAAAAAAAACACUUUACAAACGUUGCUAAAAGUUGUGCUCGUUGUUCUAAAAGUACUGAACUUUCCGAAGGCACUUGAAGGCAGCAUACGCUUAAGCUAACUAGCAGGCUAGCUUCCCAUAUUGCUAGGGACGGUAAUCCGUAGUGGCAACACAUAACUUGUUUAACCGUUACACGCACGAAUAAAUGAUGACACACAACUUAACACUGACUAAGCGAACAUAGCCCACAACAAAUGGAGGUCAGCGAGCACGUUUUAUCGGCGGGCCGAGCCGUGCUGGACAUGGUGGAGCGGGAGUGGCAGCCGCUUUCCCCGAGCGAGUUGGACCAGCGGCUGGACCAGGCGGUGGAGGAGAUCCUGGAGGCUGACCUGAUAGCAAGACUCAAAACUCAGCCUCAUCCGACUGUUUACGUUCAGUUACUGCAGAGUCAAACUAAUGUGCAGCCUCAAGUUUUACAGACGACAACAUCCAGCAGUGCCCCGGAGGAAGAGACACCAGAGCCCCGGGAACCGUUGGAGACCGUGGACAGUGCUGCAGUGAAGCACAUCACAGACCUGCUUCAAAGCUCCAAAUCCAGGGCUCGAAUGGCCGGACGGGCUCGCUUGUCCCUGUCCCACACUGUCCUGCUGUCCCUCACCCUGCUCUCUGAGCGCAUCAGCUACCGCUCUGUGUCCCGCCGCUUCCACCUGGAAAAAGGAAACAUCCACAGGAUCUUCUUUUCUUUCUGUGAGCGCAUAAACUCGCUGGAAGAGAGGCAAAUCAGAUGGCCAGUCGACAGCGAGGCUUUAGAGGCCCUUUUCCCACUUUGCAGUCCAGAGAAGGAGCAGGAGGAGCUGCCAGGUGUACCUCAGGUCCUGGGAGUGUUGGGACACACUCGCAUCCCUAUCCGCCUGCCUAUAGGAAAACAUGAUGUGGAGAGCACAGUGCCUGAGGUGAAGAGGAUGAAGAAGGAGGCCCAUCCUGACUCUUGGCUAAACCUGCAGCUUAUAUGUGAUCGUAAAGGCAGGUUCCUACACUGCAGAAUCAGUAAAGGAUCAGACGUGGACAGAGGCAUCACUCUGAGAGACAAACUCGAACAGCAUCCUGAACUGAUGCCCUCUGGCUCCUGCCUCGUGGCCAGAGCGGGCUACCCACUCACUGCUCAGAUUUUAACCCCAUACUCAGGAAGUCAAGGACCAAAAGAGGAGCUCUUUAACAAGACGCUUGAGGGACAUUUUCACAUCCUGGAUCAGGCUGUUGCCAACCUGAGAGCCAGAUUUCAAAGGCUCAAGUAUUUGGAUAUUGGAAACUAUGACAGAGCCAGAGCUGUUGUGCUUACCGCCUGUGUGUUGCACAAUGUGUUUUUGGACAUGGGACAAGUGAUUCAAGGGGAUGUUGAGAAAGAGGAAGCCAUAACUGGAGAGGUAGAGGGGGAGGUAGAUGAUGAGGGCAUUCAGAGACGAGACGCCAUCUCAGAUUUGUUGUUUAAAACUGUUGAUUCUGUAAGCAGAUGAUGCGAUAGCGUCUGUCAGGGAGCUUGUGUCCUUGGAGGUAAAUGUACAGUUUUGUUAUAUAAAGGUUUAUUUUAUCAGAA